ACAGGUCUGGAGCAUACCUUACCUGUGGACGGUAGCCGGGAGACUUGACUCCGUCACCGCUAACUAGCCGUGUGUCCCCCUCAGGUGUCUGAGGUUUUGUUUUCUCUUGGAUCCCAGAAUUCCUGGAGUUGUUGUGUUGUUGACCACUGGUCAAAUGGUGUUCACAACAGACACAGGGAACCACAAGCCUGAGCUAGACAACAAUGGCGACCCCGUCACACUCAAAGUUGUGCCCUUCGACACGUCCAUCCAUAUGGGCAAAGAGGUUGUCGCCAACGGGAUCAACGGGUCAGCCAAGUGCGCCCCACCCCAGGAAAAAUUUGAAAUAGACUACGAGUUUGGCGAACCUCUCAGUAGACCCCCAGUGCCAAUCAAAGAGCAGGCUGUUGAUUGCCUCAAGAGCUGCUUCUCAUUUGAAACCGUCAAAAGUCGGCUGCCCAUCAUAAAAUGGUUACCCAAAUACAACUUAUUUAGCUUACAAUGUGACGUCAUCGCUGGCAUGACCGUUGGCCUCACCGUUAUCCCACAGAGUCUGGCCUACGCUGGAAUAGCAGGAUUACCUCCACAUUACGGCCUGUACUCCGCCUUCAUCUGUACAUUCGUCUACUGCAUCUUGGGAUCAUCCAAAGACAUCACCCUCGGGCCCAGCGCCAUCGCCUCCCUCAUCACCGCAUCGUUUGCCACCUCCAUCUCCCCCACCCUGCCUAACGGUGAGAAGGACGCCACCAUGCCCAUAUUUUUAGCCCUCACGACGGGGGUCAUCUUUUGUCUCAUGGGCUUUUUCAAACUUGGUAUCAUUGUCAGCUACAUUUCCUACCCGGUGAUCAACGCCUUCUCAUCAGCUGCUGCUAUUACUAUUGCCGUCAGCCAAAUUAAGACAUUGCUAGGUUUGAAAGGUAUCCCUAACGACUUCAUAGAGAGCUUAAUUGACAUCUGCAGGAAACUACACACUACCAAUGUCUGGGACCUGACCAUGGGGAUGACCUGUAUCGUUGUGGUCAUCUUGCUGAAGAAGCUGAGAGAGAUCAAGUGGAAAGACGACCCCGACACGCCCCCAUCCACUGGGGCCUUGAUCUUGAGGAAAUGUAUCUUUAUCUGCGGAGCUAGCUCGACGGCCAUUGUUGUCAUUCUGGCAUCAGCCGUGCUGGCCAUCCUAGAGUCCCAGGGGGUGUACUCCCUGACCCCCACGGGCAAAAUCAGGCCGGGAAUGCCCACAGUCAGGGUCCCAGAUUUUGUCGUACACACGGGGAAUGUCACCAUAACAACACCGGAAAUGUUUGCUAAACUUGGAGCUGGUAUAAUUAUCAUACCCAUCAUAUGUCUAAUUGAAGCGAUGGCUGUCGGGAAGUAUUUUGCCCGAGUCAACCAGUACAAGCUGGACCCCACCCAAGAGCUCUACUCCUAUGGGGUGGGGAACAUCAUCACGGCCUUCUUCCAGGGGUACACAGUCACAGGGACGUUCUCCAGGACAGCCAUCAACGCCCAGUGUGGUGUCAAGACCCCCCUUGGUGGUGUCCUCACUGGAAUCAUCGUCAUCAUCUCCCUGUUUUUCCUGACCCCCCUCUUCUACUACAUCCCCAAAUGUGCUCUGGCCGCCGUCAUCAUAGCCGCUGUCUUGGCCAUGGUGGACUUUAACACUAUCAAGAUGAUCUACAAGGCCAACAAAAUGGAUCUAAUACCUUAUGCACUGACAUUCAUCUGCACCUUGGUGAUUGGAAUACAGUGGGGAAUAUUUGUUGGAAUCGGAAUGUCCAUUUUUAUGUUGCUGUACCCGAUUGCACGACCGAAGAUGCUGUUCUCGAGUCAACAAGGAUUUUUUAUCGUUACCCCCCCACCCACGGGCUGAAUUUUCCUGGCGCUGAGUUCCUGGAGAUGAAGGCACUGGACAAGGCGUUAGAAGUGGAGAAGCCACACAACAUUAUCCUGAACAUGGAGCACAUAUCUAACGUGGACUUUUCGGCGGUUCAAGCUCUGAGGUCGCUGAUGGUGGAAUGUGAAUUCCACGGGAUGAAGUUGAUUCUUGCACAAGCACAGAAACGAGUCCGACGACAGUUGAAAUUAGCUAAAAUUAAAGACCUUAUCCUCGUCAAAACAAUACAAGACGCCAUCGAUAAGUUUUCUAAGCCUUCCACAGAUGGUCUGGAGUUUGACAUAGAUCCCCCACCCCCACCCCCAGAUAACGGAGACGACGGAUUUUUCAUGAGCCGGCUCUAGGGACUGCAAAGAUUUCACAAACCACCAAACACAAACCACCAAACACAAAUCACCAAACACAACCCACCAAACACAAGCCACCAAACACAAACCACCAAACACAAACCACCAAACACAAACCACCAACCACAACCCACCAAACACAAACCACCAAACACAAACCACCAAACACAACCAACCUCCAUCAACCGUUACUUGGGCUAGGUCCUACUUCCCGCUAGGACCAGGACAUAAUAAGAUUAUUUUUAUCCUGAUUGAAUAUUGAUCGCUAGUUAAUCUGGGAUCUUCAGGCUAGUGAGGCUAUUGUGGCUAUUGUGUUAUAGAAUCGAACCAGGAGAUUUAUUUUUUAUUUUCUAACCAAUCGAGAUUCACUAACCAAACGAGAUUCAGAAAGCGUCUUUAAAAAAAAAACAUAAAAUAUCUCUUAGUUAUGAUAUUUUGUUUAGAAAUGAU